AUUGCUUCGGGGAGUGACGCAGAGAGGAUACUGAUGCUCGAAUACUUUUCCGUUAAAUUAAUUGAAUUUCGGACAAUUUGGAAGAAUCGACGCGUUUCUCCGCUCUUGGACUUUUACGAUUUCGAGGCUACGUACCAGACUGAGUAAAUGUAAAAGCGACGGCUCCAAAAAGCCCUCUUUAUGUCGAUAUUGGUGUGGUGUCGCUGCUAGGGGAAGAAAAAAAAGAUGCCGCAGCCGAAAUCUCGAAAAAUUGCCGUCCUGGGCUACAGAUCUGUGGGGAAGUCCUCACUGACAAUACAGUUUGUGGAGGGCCAGUUUGUGGACUCAUAUGAUCCAACCAUAGAAAACACAUUUACUAAAAUGAUCACAGUCAAUGGCCAAGAGUACCAUCUGCAGCUGGUCGACACAGCAGGGCAGGAUGAAUACUCCAUUUUCCCUCAAACAUAUUCCAUAGAUAUCAAUGGUUACAUUUUGGUGUAUUCAGUCACCUCAAAUAAAAGUUUUGAAGUAGUAAAAGUUAUUCAUGAAAAAUUGUUGGAUAUGGUGGGUAAAGUACAAGUACCCAUAAUGCUGGUGGGAAAUAAAAAAGACCUACACAUGGAGCGUGUUAUCAGUUGUGAAGAAGGCAAAGCGUUGGCAGAAUCAUGGAACGCAGCGUUCAUGGAGUCCUCUGCAAAAGAGAACCAGACCGCAGUGGAGGUGUUCAAGAGGAUAAUCUUAGAGGCUGAGAAGAUGGACGGUGGAGUCCCCCAAGGGCGGACACCCUGCUUGCUGAUGUAGAUACCCCCCUCCCUGACUACCCUCGCCCUCUUCCCACUGCCUGCCCUGACCACCGGAGGACACACACCGACCUUUCUGGCGAACAGUUGUCAAACAAUCCCAUGGUUAGGGUGAAAUACUUGAGUUUUUUGGCCUAGGUUAUGAUGAGGGUUUAGUGGUUUAGAUUUUAGGAGAUUAAGGGUUAGGGUUAAGCACAGCUAAUGGUAAAUGUUCACCAGAAAAGUCUGUUUGGAGUCCACCCUCCCGCAGCCACCCCGCCCCUUACCACAACACUGGACACUGGGAAAUCCCUCUACUUGAAGUGGCUAACUGCCUGUUUUCCUCCAUAAAAAUGUUGACUUUUUUCCUUUUAACUUCCUUUUUUAUACUUCAUUUCAUUUUAAUUUUUUUCUGUUAUGUAUUUUUUUUUAAUAUUCUUUUGAAAAAUACAGAGAAGCCCUCAGUGACACUGUAGGAAUAAACACCAUCAUGCCCCUCUGUCUGUUAUUCUCUGCUUACUGUUCUCUCUUCUUCCAGCCAUCCCUACUUCUCCACUACAAACCAAACCUGGUGAAAUAUCAAGCCUUACUUCCCUGCCUUUCGGCUCCCCUCAUCUCUUUUGUACCUGCCUCUUUCCUCCUGAACCCUUAUGAAUUUGUAUAUUGUAUUUCUUAAACAGUAAUUAUGGCCAAUAAAGUUUCCAGCAUUCAUUCUCCUCAGUAAUGAAUGAUGUCUAACUUUUUUGAUUGUAAACAUUAAACGCAGCAUUUUGUUUCACUACA